UAUCCUUCUCUCGUCCCACCUCUCGCUGUCUAUGCUAUUUGCUGUUAUUUCGAACCACAAAUAGAUUUCCAUUCUCAGUUUCGCUUUGGUUCUCUGAAAUUUUUUUUUCCUCCCAUUUUCUGUUUGGAUUGAACCAAAGUUCAAAGACGUGAUUGAUGGCUCUGAAUCUCCUCCCUCCGGCAGAAAUUAAGUUAAUUUCGUUCCUGGAUUCCACUAAAUCCACUCGCCUCCCCAAGCUUCCAGGUGGAUUUGUUUUAAAGAGAAAGGAUUAUGGAGCAACAUUUGGUAGAAGAGUUAACUGUUCAGCACAGCCGCCUCCUCCAGCCUGGCCAGGACGAGCUGUUCCUGAGCUGGGGCGCAAGACUUGGGAUGGUCCAAAGCCUCUCUCAGUUGUUGGAUCUACUGGCUCCAUUGGAACUCAGACACUGGACAUAGUUGCAGAGAAUCCUGAUAAAUUCAGAAUUGUGGCACUUGCAGCUGGUUCCAAUGUGACUCUUCUUGCUGAUCAGGUGAAGACGUUCAAGCCUCAAUUAGUUGCUGUGAGAAAUGAGGCAUUAGUCAAUGAACUCAAAGAGGCUUUGGCUGACUGUGAACACAAGCCUGAGAUCAUCCCUGGAGAGCAAGGUGUAAUUGAGGUUGCCCGCCACCCAGAGGCAGUCACUGUAGUGACAGGAAUAGUAGGUUGCGCAGGUUUAAAACCUACAGUGGCUGCAAUAGAAGCAGGGAAAGACAUAGCCUUAGCCAACAAAGAGACCCUAAUUGCUGGGGGUCCUUUUGUCCUUCCUCUUGCACACAAGCACAAUGUAAAGAUCCUUCCUGCUGACUCAGAACACUCUGCAAUAUUUCAGUGUAUUCAGGGUUUGCCUGAGGGAGCACUUCGGCGCAUUCUUUUAACUGCAUCUGGAGGGGCAUUCAGGGAUUGGCCUGUUGAUAAAUUGAAAGAAGCUAAAGUUUCAGAUGCUUUGAAGCAUCCUAACUGGAAUAUGGGGAAAAAGAUCACGGUUGACUCAGCUACCCUUUUCAAUAAGGGUUUAGAAGUUAUUGAAGCACACUAUCUGUUUGGGGCUGAAUAUGAUGAUAUUGAGAUCAUAAUUCAUCCACAAUCUAUCAUACAUUCUAUGGUCGAAACACAGGAUUCGUCUGUCCUGGCACAGUUGGGUUGGCCUGAUAUGCGUUUGCCAAUCCUCUAUACUUUAUCGUGGCCAGACAGAAUUUACUGCUCAGAGAUAACUUGGCCACGACUUGAUCUUUGCAAGCUUGGGUCACUAACAUUUAAAACUCCUGACAAUGUGAAAUAUCCAUCCAUGGAUCUUGCCUAUGCUGCUGGACGGGCUGGAGGCACCAUGACAGGAGUUCUUAGUGCAGCUAAUGAGAAGGCUGUGGAGAUGUUUAUCGAUGAAAAGAUUGGCUAUCUAGAUAUAUUCAAGGUCGUGGAACUAACAUGUGAUAAGCACCAGGCAGAGUUAGUAACUUCACCAUCCCUCGAGGAAAUCGUACAUUAUGACCUCUGGGCACGGGACUAUGCAGCCAGUUUACAUCAUUCUUCCAGUUUAAUGCCUGUUCCAGCAUGAUAAACAGCUUCUCCUUGUUGAUGGGAAUGAUGUCCUCUGAUUUAAGAAAUGGGGAAAUAUCUUAAAAUGCUGCCCAAAUCUAGGUCUUUUUGCCAAGGUAUGUGGUUCAUUGAGCAAACUGUACCAUAUUAAAUAUGAAGAAGAUUGCUGUCUGUAAUGCAUUCCCAUUUUCAUUGGUUAUACAGGUGUAGAUGCAUUUCGCAUUCAAUAAAAGAAUGUUGAUGGUCAUUCAAUAAACCUCUAAUUUCCCUUCGAAAAAAAGGAGUCUCUAGUCAUUUUAAUGGCAACAGAAAAGGAAUGAAAAAGGGUCCAAAGUUACAACACAUUUUCUAGUGAAAACAUGCCAUGUAAUUUUAAACUUCAUUCCAGUUUCCGUCAUAUUGGUUGGUUAAGGGUAUAUGGUACAGAUUGUACUAUAUAUUGCCAAGAAAUUUUCAAGAUU